AUGAUCCUCUCCACGGACGAAGCAGCCAAUUUCUCAGCCGAGGAAGAGUCCAGCAUGGCUAGAGGAAACCUAACUGGGGUCUUCGUGGAGGUCUCAUCAAUGGAGCCCAGUGUGGAAGGAGGCAGCUCUGAAGAGGAGUCUUCUGCUGAAAGUGAGAGUAGCUUUGGCUCAGAGAGCCCAACCUCAGCCGAAAGCCCAAGCCAGCAGAAGAACAGCUCUGUCAAGCCUCCGUACUCUUACAUCGCCCUCAUCACCAUGGCCAUCCUCCAGAGCCCAAUGAAGAAACUGACCCUGAGUGGCAUCUGCCACUUCAUCAGCGACAAGUUCCCUUAUUACAGGGCCAAAUUUCCAGCUUGGCAGAACUCCAUCAGGCACAACCUGUCGCUCAAUGACUGCUUCAUUAAGAUCCCAAGGGAACCUGGUAAUCCAGGGAAGGGCAACUACUGGUCCCUCGACCCUGCUUCAGAGGACAUGUUCGACAACGGCAGUUUCCUGCGCAGAAGGAAGAGGUUUAAGAGGAGCCAGCCAGAAUACUCCAAAGAUGGACUCUUACUUUACCCAAACAUUGGUUAUCGACCUUACGGGAGACCUUACUGUAUGUCUGGACAGGUGUUAACACAUGCUGCCCCCCUUGGAUAUGUGCCAGCCCAGGAUGGAAUGGUUUUGCCAACCCAAGACAGUGUGGUCCUGCCACCCCCAUAUUUUCAGUACCAGAAUGUUUCCAACAUUAAAGCCAGAGAACUUGGCCUCCCUGAGCAAAGGUCUGAAGGCCAAACUCAGAAGUGCUCUUUCAGUAUCGACAGCAUUAUGGCUAAAUCAAGCCCUGCAGGACACAAACCGUCCAUCCCCCAACUUCCACCCGAGUACCUCUGUCCACGGCCACCACCAUCCUGUGUGGUUCCACAGUGGCUCCCAGGGCCCAGGACUUCUUUUGCUCUAACCACGCUGCCAUUUGCAGAAACACUCCGGGUGGCCUACUCCUAA